AUGGCUUCAAGGGUUUCUCUGAAGGCGAAGGGGAAGAGUUCGAAGGGAUCGAAGGGUCAAGAAGACCGAUCCGCGAGCGAGUGCCUGAAGGAGUGGACCACGUGGGCGAUGCGAAAAGCGAAGGUCAUCACUCACUACGGUUUCAUCCCUUUGGUCAUCAUCAUCGGUAUGAACUCUGACCCUAAGCCUCCACUUUCGCAGCUUCUCAGCCCCUUGACCCACAUCCCGGUCAAUGCGCGUGAUGAGAUUAAUGAUAAUUCAAAUUUUGCCCGUAGCAGCACCCGCCGAAGCUCGCAGGAAAUGGUGAACGAGAACGAGAAGAAGGAAUCACCGUCACUGGGAAAGCGAAGAGAACCCGAACCUCCAGUGACAGUCCCAGUCCCAGUCUCAGAUACAGCUUCGAAGCCGAAACGAGCUCGCAGCGCGGAACGCACAUGCGUGCACGAGGUCGCCGUUCCGAGCGGUUACGUCUCGAGCAAGGACUCUGAGCUCCAUGGAACUCUCUCCAACCCUCUCCACAACGGUCCCAUGGCCAAAUCCUAUCCCUUCGCCCUCGACCCCUUCCAACAGGUCUCCAUCGCCUGUUUGGAGAGAAACGAGUCCGUCCUAGUCUCCGCCCACACCUCCGCCGGCAAAACCGCUGUUGCCGAAUACGCCAUUGCCAUGUCCUUCCGCGACCGGCAACGCGUCAUCUACACUUCCCCGCUCAAGGCCCUCAGCAACCAGAAGUACCGCGAGCUCAGCCAGGAGUUCACCGAUGUCGGCCUCAUGACUGGUGAUGUCACGCUCUCCCCGAACGCCACGUGUCUGGUCAUGACCACCGAGAUUCUCCGCGGUAUGCUCUACAGAGGCUCCGAAGUCCUAAAAGAAGUGGCUUGGGUUAUAUUUGAUGAAAUUCACUAUAUGAAGGAUCGCGAACGAGGCGUUGUUUGGGAAGAGAGUAUAAUCUUUCUGCCUCCGGCGAUUAAGAUGGUGUUUCUCUCCGCUACUAUGUCGAAUGCCACGGAGUUUGCGGAGUGGAUUUGUAAUAUCCACAAGCAGCCUUGUCACGUUGUGUACACUGAUUUUAGGCCAACGCCGCUGCAGCACUAUGCGUUCCCCAUUGGGGGGAGUGGGUUGUAUUUGGUUGUGGAUGAGAAUGAACAGUUCAGGGAGGACAAUUUUCUGAAGCUACAUGAUACUUUCGUGAAGCAAAAUUUUGUUGAUGGGAGGAGAGGUGGGAAAGGUGGUGGAAGAGGUGGGAAAGGUGGCAAUGCUUCUGGUGGUUCUGACAUUUACAAGAUUGUUAAGAUGAUCAUGGAACGGAAAUUCCAACCUGUUAUCAUCUUUAGCUUUAGUAGAAGAGAGUGUGAGCAACAUGCAAUGUCUAUGUCCAAGCUCGACUUCAACACCCAAGAAGAAAAGGAUACAGUGGAGCAUGUUUUUCGAAAUGCAGUGCUCUGUUUGAAUGAAGAAGACAGGUGCUUACCUGCUAUUGAGCUGAUGUUGCCACUUCUUCAGCGAGGGAUUGCUGUCCAUCAUUCUGGACUUCUUCCUGUUAUCAAAGAAUUGGUCGAGCUUCUUUUCCAGGAAGGUCUUGUAAAAGCCCUAUUUGCUACUGAAACAUUUGCCAUGGGUUUAAAUAUGCCAGCCAAAACAGUUGUAUUCACUGCAGUUAAGAAGUGGGAUGGCGAUAGUCAUAGAUAUAUUGGAUCUGGUGAAUAUAUACAGAUGAGCGGAAGGGCUGGGCGACGUGGCAAAGAUGAGCGUGGAAUCUGUAUCAUAAUGAUUGAUGAACAGUGGGAUAAGAUGGAAAUGAAUAACCUUAAAGAAAUGGUUUUGGGUAAACCUGCUCCUUUAGUUAGUACAUUCAGGCUUAGCUACUACUCAAUUUUAAAUUUGAUGAGCCGUGCAGAGGGCCAGUUCACUGCUGAACACGCCUUACCAGAUAUAGAGAAUAGGGUGUCAAAGCUGGAGCAGGAAGUAACCUUGCUUGAUGCUUCAGGGGAGGCUGAAGUGUCUGAGUAUCAUAAGUUAAAAUUGGAAAUAGCACAGCUGGAGAAGAAGAUGAUGUCAAAGAUAAUUAGGCCGGAAAUAAUCCUUUAUUUUCUUGUCCCUGGUCGAUUGAUCAAAGUUAGAGAAGGUGGAACUGAUUGGGGCUGGGGUGUUGUAGUCAAUGUUGUUAAGAAACCUUCUAGUGGUGGUUAUAUAAUUGAUACAUUACUUCAUUGUUCACCUUGUUCAACUGAAAACAGUUCACGGCCAAAACCCUAUCCACCCCGCCCUGGAGAGAAAGGUGAAAUGCAUGUGGUCCCAGUUCAAUUACCAUUAAUAUCUACUCUUGGUAAACUACGGGUAUCUAUACCUUCUGAUCUUCGACCCUUGGAAGCAAGGCAGAGUGUGCUGCUUGCUGUACAGGAGCUGGUUAAUCGAUUUCCAGGAGGUCUUCCAAAGCUUAACCCUGUAAAGGACAUGGACGUACGUGACACAGAGAUAGUUGAACUAGUCAAUCAAAUAGAGGAACUUGAGAAAAAAAUGUUUGCUCAUCCUAUGCAUAAGCGUCAAGAUGUGGAUCAAAUUAAAUGCUUUGAGAGGAAGGCAGAAGUGAAUCAUGAAAUUCAGCAACUGAAGACAAAAAUGCGUGAUUCCCAGCUACAAAAAUUUCGUGAAGAAUUAAAGAAUCGCUCACGAGUCUUGAAGAAGCUUGGUCAUAUUGAUUCUGAUGGUGUAGUUCAGUUGAAGGGACGGGCAGCCUGCUUGAUUGACACAGGCGAUGAACUCCUUGUUACUGAAUUGAUGUUUAAUGGCACUUUUAAUGACCUAGACCAUCAUCAAGUUGCAGCCCUUGCAAGUUGUUUCAUCCCAGGAGAUAAAUCAACUGAGCAGAUACACCUAAGAACCGAGCUCGCAAGGCCUCUGCAACAACUUCAAGAUAGUGCAAGAAGGAUAGCAGAAAUUCAACAUGAAUGCAAAUUGGAUAUAAAUGUGGAUGAGUAUGUGGAAUCGACAGUAAGACCAUACUUGAUGGAUGUGAUAUACUCAUGGUCAAAGACAUGUAUAUACAUCUCAGCUGCAGUGAGACUAAAAGGGGGGGGGGCGGGUGUUGUGCUCUCCUUGUAUGAGUGGGAGCAACAAAAAGGAAAGGGAGCAAAUUUUGCUGAUGUUAUACAAAUGACCGACAUCUUUGAGGGGAGUAUCAUUCGGAGUGCUAGAAGGCUUGAUGAGUUUUUGAAUCAGUUGCGUGCUGCUGCUAAUGCAGUUGGAGAGGCCGACUUGGAGAAUAAAUUUGCAGCUGCAAGUGAAAGCCUUCGAAGAGGCAUUAUGUUCGCAAAUUCUCUAUUUAGACGGAGCUUUCAAUUUCGCACCUCCCUCGUUUCCAUCGCCCUCCACAUCAAAAUUCACUCCCAUCUCAACACAACACCAAUCAUACAUUCUCUUACACUCACUCCAUUGCCAUCGUCUCCCAUAGGUAAACCACUACAAGCUCCAUUCAUCACUCUUUCAAACCGCUGUGAAAUGGAAGUCACACUCUCCGCGUGCAAGUCCGUUAGCUCGCCUUCACUUCCCGUCGCAGGUUUGUUUGCGGGGAAGGAAAGGAUUAAGAGUUCGCAAUGCAGUUUCUUAGCGGGAGCGAACAGAGUGAAGUUUCCUAGGCAAGUAGGUCAAGUUAGUCAUGUUGGCAAACAACGCCAAACGCGUCACUGCGGUGCUCUCCACGCUACUUGUAGCGGUCACAAGAUCCUGAUCGCGAACAGAGGUGAGAUUGCGGUUCGAGUGAUUCGAACCGCUCAUGAAUUGGGGAUUCCGUGUGUGGCUGUGUACUCCACCAUUGAUAAGGACGCGCUUCAUGUCAAAUUGGCUGAUGAAGCUGUAUGCAUUGGCGAAGCUCCGAGUAACCAGUCGUACUUGCUGAUUCCGAAUGUUCUGUCGGCUGCUCUUAGCCGCAAGUGCACGAUGUUGCAUCCCGGCUAUGGUUUUCUUGCGGAGAAUGCUGUGUUCGUUGAAAUGUGCUGGGAACAUGGAAUCAACUUUAUUGGGCCUAAACCUGAAAGUAUUGAGGUUAUGGGUGACAAAUCAACUGCCAGAGAAACAAUGAAGAAAGCAGGUGUUCCCACUGUUCCGGGAAGUGAUGGACUUCUACAGAACACUGAAGAAGCUAUCAGGUUGGCAAAUGAGAUUGGUUUCCCUGUGAUGAUCAAGGCAACAGCUGGUGGUGGAGGACGAGGCAUGCGUCUUGCUAAAGAACCUGAUGAAUUUGUGAAGUUGUUGCAGCAAGCUAAGAGUGAGGCAGCUGCUGCAUUUGGCAAUGAUGGGGUUUAUUUGGAGAAGUACAUUCAAAACCCAAGGCACAUUGAGUUCCAGGUUCUUGCAGAUAAAUAUGGUAAUGUUGUUCACUUUGGAGAACGUGAUUGCAGCAUCCAGAGGCGUAAUCAGAAACUAUUGGAAGAAGCACCAUCUCCUGCCCUGACCCCUGAGUUGCGAAAGGCAAUGGGAGAUGCAGCAGUUGCAGCCGCUGCAUCUAUUGGUUAUAUAGGUGUCGGAACAGUGGAGUUCCUUUUGGAUGAAAGGGGUUCUUUUUACUUCAUGGAGAUGAACACUCGUAUUCAGGUUGAGCAUCCUGUGACAGAAAUGAUUUCCUCAACAGAUUUGAUAGAAGAGCAAAUUCGCGUAGCUAUGGGAGAAAAACUUAGAUUCAAACAGGAGGAUAUAGUUCUCAGAGGACAUUCUAUUGAAUGUCGUAUCAACGCUGAGGAUGCUUUUAAGGGAUUUAGACCAGGGCCAGGUAGAAUUACAGCAUACUUGCCAUCUGGAGGUCCAUUUGUCAGAAUGGAUAGCCAUGUUUAUCCUGAUUAUGUUGUUCCUCCAAGCUAUGACUCCCUUCUUGGAAAGCUGAUUGUCUGGGCUCCAACAAGAGAAAAAGCCAUUGAACGCAUGAAAAGGGCUCUUGAUGACACUGUUAUCACAGGAGUUCCAACUACAAUUGAUUAUCAUAAACUCAUCCUUGAUAUAGAGGAUUUCAGAAAUGGCAAAGUUGAUACUGCUUUCAUUCCAAAACAUGAGGAAGAGUUGGCAAUGCCGCCACAGAAGAUGGUAGUACUCAGCUAA